GUGACGCCCCUCCCUCGCGUUGCCCUGUUUCCUCAGCAUCAGCACCAAGUCGACACUGAACCGCCCGGCUAACGGACCAGGGAAGGAUGCUUUGGGCUUGGGUCAUUAGAAGCGACGAUGUUGACAAGGUGAAAAACAGGAUAUUGAUUUAUUAGCACACCUCCUCGAGGCGAUCUCGUGCGCUGGAUAAAAGGUUUGGAUAUUUUCCGUACGCGCCCUCGGUGCAUCCAUUCACGACACACCAUUCAUGCACACCUUAUGUUUCAAGAAUGGACGUGUGCUGCACGGCAGACGUUAAAUUCAAACCCAUCCUUUACCCGGUGUGUCCACAUUAUUGGCCGAGAUUGCAUUGAUUUCUGCCACAACACCGGAUCAACCGGGAUGGAGCGCGCGAGCACCUCGUGGUCGUCCUGCAGCGGUUCCUCUCUUUGAGGGCAUCGGGCGAAUGUAGGCUAAUAAACAAAAGGCAUCUCGCCCUUCGUUGACGCACCUGCUGCCCCCGUCGUCUCCUGACAUGACAACACGGAGCCCACAGCACAGCACGAGGAUCGAGGGGCACCGACGCGCGGCGGCCGGACGAAGGGAUUCGAGGCGGUGUAAAGGGGUCGUCAGGGGUCCUGCAGAACCGCCCGGGGGAGGCCGGAUCGCAGUUUCUGGGGACAAGCACCAAGGGCAGUGCGGCACUCGGCACACCGAAAGGGGGAAGGAGGCUGCGGAGCUCAGUGCUACCUUCCCCCCGCUCUCAAAGCCGUUUCACUAAUACAUUGAAUUAAAAAGAUAUACAAAGCUGUAUAUUGCUUACUUUUAUACCAAAACAACCCCCCCCCCCCCCGCCAAUCCUUCAUUUCCAGGUCGAAAUGUCUUGGUAUUUAACGUGACCCAGCACCAUUCAAACAUGAGGAGACACUCGGGAGAUUGAACCUGCUCUUCUCCGAGGCAAGGGUCGAAUCGGAGACGAACCAAUGAGCGGACUGGCUCGUGGUCCUGGGCACCUUUCUUACCUGGUUCUGCUAAGUACUUUGCUGCUCGCGAGCACCAUGGGAUGCCUCCAGAGCAUCGCAUGCAAGCCGCGCAUCCGGCGGGAGAACAUCGUUGUGUACGAGGUCUCCGCCUCCAUCGACCAGUGUGCCACCGUCAUCGAGGAGAACUCGCCCAUCGUGCUCCGCUACAAGACGCCGUACUUCCGGGCCUCCGCGGGGAUCGUCAUGCCCCCGGUGCCCCGCAACGAGACCUGGGUGGUGGGCUGGAUCCAGGCCUGCACCCAGAUGGAGUUCUACAACACCUACGGGGACAUUGGCAUGUCCAGCUGGGAGCUCCCUGAGCUGCGUGAGGGCCGGGUGAAGGCCAUCAGCGACUCGGACGGCGGCAGCUACCCGUGGUACGGCAACACCACGGAGACGGUGACGCUGACCGGCCCCACCUCCAAGGCCUCGCGCCUCACCGUCUGCAUGAACGACAACUUCUACCCCAGCGUCACCUGGGCCGUGCCCAUCAGCAACAGCAACACGCCCAUGCUGACCCACAUCACCCGCGACCAGAGCUUCAUCACCUGGCUGGUCGCCAUGAACUCCGUCACCAAGGAGAGGAUCGUGCUGCAGACGGUCCGCUGGCGCAUGCGGGUGGACAUCGCCGUGGACCCCGACCGGCCGCUGGGCUCACGGGCCUCCCUGGUGGGGCGGGCCCACCACGAGCAGCCCCACAUCCUCAACUACCAGGAGCCCAUCCCCCCCAACGCGCUGGGCCGGCCCAACGCCAACGACGCCCAGGUGCUCAUGUGGAGGCCCCGGCGAGGGCCCCCCCUCGUGGUCAUCCCGCCAAAAUAAAAGCGCAAAAUAAAUAAAAUAAAAGCGCAAAAUAAAAGAGAGAGGGAGAGAGAGAGAGAGAGAGAGAGAGACAGCGGACGGACCGAGGGUACCCCGGCUCAAAAGCACCAUGGGCUCACCCUUUGGUUUUUGGUUCGUGUAUAUUGGCGCAUUAUGACAAAAAGAGCAGGGAAGUAGUUAAUCUUGGCCCACUCAGGAGGGCCAAGAGUAGCAGCAGGCGUGUGUCCAGCCAGUCCUUCGACGUUGUAUUAAGCUCUGUUUGGCUUCUGGGCCACUUCUGGUAUAUUCCAGCGGACGGUCUGCCCUUGGGCCAGGGGGAACCAACUUUCUGCUCCAGUGUGUGUGCCACAAAGGGAACUGCAUCCCGCAUCAUAUUGUAUUUAAUUGCAUGAGGGAGAAAGAGAAAGAGAAGUUAAACGGUGUUGUAGCGGCGUGGAAAUGGCGUUACUUCUCCUUAUUUUCUUUAUUUUUACAACUUGAUACCUGCUGAUGGGGCUUUGGAUGGAGGUGAAUGUGCAUUGACUUGGACAUCCAGCGAUGGGAUGAAACUCAUCUCUGUGGUGUAAGAACCACCACAGCCCCAAAAUCGCCGUCAGUUGAUCAAUUACUCACGAAUCCCAACCUGGAAGGUCAGAAAACAGUUGUCCUCUAAUUUUCGGGAAAAGUACUCCCAUCUACAGUAUUCAAGUAGUUAUUCAUUGAUAUCUCAUUUAUAAGCGAAGUUCUUAUUUUGCUGCGGGUAAUUUCAAAAGUUAUAUUCCAUUGAGUACCACUUUCCAUGGACACAUUCAGAGCUAUAAAGAUAGAAACAUUUUAAGUAUAUCCGCCGUACACUAUAAGUUGAAAAUCCAUAAAUACCAUUCACAAACAGUUUGUAGAGCAGCAGCUUGGAAUGAAAGGAAUGGGAAUCAUCACCUGUCUAUCAAAUAAUUAGAAACUGGAAGUAAGGUGCGCAUCAAUUAAAGGCUUUUAGAUUUAUUGUUACUGGUUUAUAAAGGUUAAGUAAGUUUACUGAAUUCCUUCACCAUUGAUAUUUCAUAAGAGUUACAUUCUGUGUACCUCCUGGCUCCGGUGUAAGGAUAUCUGUAGGAGUUACAGGUCGUGGAAGGGUGUGCUGCUACCACAUUGAAUAAAAGAUUAAGUUAUUUA